AUGGAGUACAAGCAAACAGGCAAGCGCAAGAACCGACUCAAUGAUGAAGAUACAGCAGCCCCACGACCGCGUGCAGUGCGUCAACGACCAGGACUAGAAGAGUCAAGCGCGCCGGAAAACAACUCGUCACUCCAAGAAGAAGACGAAGAAACGAAGGAUUCUGGUGAUUCAAUACCGCCUGUGUUUUGGCGUGCGAGUGCAAAUGCCGUUGAAGCAGCAGUGGACUUAUCAGAGCCCUCAACAUUUGAAGCAGCAGUAAGCGGCCCUGACCAAGUGCACUGGAGAAAAGCAAUUCAUGCAGAGAUCGAGUCAAUGCGACUUCGCGGUGUGUUUCGUGCAGCCAAGCUGCCCAACGGACAACGCGCCAUGGGCACAAAAUGGGUGUUCAAGAUCAAGCGCAAGGCGGAUGGGUCAAUCGAGAAGUACAAGGCACGACUUGUGGCCAAGGGUUUCCGCCAAAAGCAUGGCAUCGACUACACGGAGACGUUUUCGCCUGUGGUCAAGUAUGUGACGCUGAGAAUGGUGAUCGCAAUUUCCAAGCAUUUUGGAUGGCCCAUCGACCAGCUUGAUGUGGUGACAGCUUUCCUGUAUGGCGUCAUGAAGGAACAAGUGUUCUGCGUGAUUCCUGAAGGCGUCGAACUUGACAGUACGUUCGACUGCCUGGAAUUGGUGAAGUCAAUUUACGGCCUCAAGCAAGCUUCGCGAGUGUGGAACGAGACGUUCGACGAGUAUGUGUGCUCCAUCGGAAUUCAAGUAUCGGACUUCGACCCAUGUCUCUACAUCACGACAUCGGACGGCCAUUGCGUGUUUAUACUGGUCUACGUGGACGACGUCUUGGUGACUGGAAGCUCGCUCGAGCUGGUUGCACAAACCAAGAACGACCUGAAGACGCGGUUCGAGAUGACGGACAGCGGCAAGUGUGCGUUUGUUCUUGGGAUCGAACUUUUGGACGGUGAAGAUGGCAGUGUGACACUAUGUCAGCGUCGGUAUGUCGAUGAUAUCCUCAAGCGCUUUGGCAUGGAUGAUUGCAAGGCAGUCGCAAGUCCAGUCGACAUGAGCUCUCGACUUGUUUCCAAGUGA